CCUCUGCUUCAAGCUCCUCUCAGGUUCCCUCUCUCGGGUCUUGACACUCCGUCUCCUCGUGGAAGUGGAGGAGCCGGGUGUGGACGGUCCCACGAGUCAAGUAAACAGGGCAGAGGAAGACGUCUGUGGUGGAAGAGGCUGUAGUAGUGUUGUCAGGGAAAAAGAGGGAGCGGCUCUCUUUGUAUGGGACGGGGGUCAGGGAAAGAAGAUUUUCUGUUAAAGUGUGAGUAGGAGUUUGACAAACUGGAAGGAUGGUGGCAAAGAGGGCUUUCUAAAGAGCGGUGGCAGCAAGUGUGAAUGCUGGGGUUCCUGGAAAGAGACCGCAGUUGUGACAGCAUCUCGAGGCCUCCAGACGGUCAUCCAAAGGGAUUUCUUUCCUGAUGUGGAGAAGCUCCAGGCACAGAAGGAGUACCUGGAAGCUGAGGAGAAUGGAGACUUGGAACGGAUGCGCCAGAUUGCCAUCAAGUUUGGCUCUGCCUUGGGCAAGAUGUCCCGGGAGCCCCCGCCACCCUAUGUGACUCCAGCCACGUUUGAAACCCCUGAGGUGCAUGCAGGCACUGGAGUGGUGGGCAACAAGCCCAGGCCCCGCGGCCGAGGCCUGGAGGAUGCAGGAGAGGCUGGAGAGGAGGAGGAGAAGGAGCCGCUGCCCAGCCUAGAUGUCUUCCUGAGCCGCUACACGAGUGAGGACAAUGCCUCCUUCCAGGAGAUCAUGGAGGUGGCCAAGGAGAGAAGCCGGGCACGCCACGCUUGGCUCUACCAGGCUGAGGAAGAGUUUGAGAAGAGGCAGAAAGAUAAUCUCGAACUCCCGUCAGCAGAGCACCAGGCCAUCGAGAGCAGCCAGGCCAGUGUGGAGACCUGGAAGUACAAGGCCAAGAAUUCCCUCAUGUACUAUCCAGAGGGUGUCCCUGACGAGGAGCAGCUGUUUAAGAAGCCCCGGCAGGUGGUACAUAAGAACACACGCUUCCUUAGGGACCCCUUCAGCCAAGCCCUGAGCAGGUGCCAGCUCCAGCAGGCAGCCGCCCUCAAUGCCCAGCACAAACAGGGCAAGGUGGGCCCUGAUGGCAAGGAGCUGAUCCCCCAGGAGUCCCCUCGAGUGGGUGGAUUUGGAUUUGUUGCCACUCCUUCACCUGCCCCUGGUGUGAACGAGUCCCCGAUGAUGACCUGGGGGGAGGUUGAGAACACACCCUUGAGAGUUGAAGGGUCGGAAACCCCCUACGUGGACAGGACGCCGGGCCCAGCUUUUAAGAUCCUGGAGCCAGGCCGCAGGGAGCGGCUGGGGCUGAAGAUGGCCAACGAGGCCGCUGCCAAGAACCGGGCCAAGAAGCAGGAAGCCUUGCGGAGAGUGACGGAGAAUCUGGCCAGCCUCACCCCCAAAGGCCUGAGCCCAGCCAUGUCGCCAGCCCUACAGCGCCUUGUGAGCAGGACGGCCAGCAAGUACACAGACCGGGCCCUGCGGGCCAGCUACACACCAUCCCCAGCACGCUCCACCCACCUCAAGACCCCGGCCAGUGGGCUGCAGACCCCCACAAGCACACCGGCACCUGGCUCUGCCACACGCACCCCUCUCACACAGGACCCGGCCUCCAUCACGGACAACCUGCUGCAGCUCCCUGCCCGGCGCAAAGCUUCGGACUUCUUUUAGAGCCAGGCCUGGGCUGGGCUCAUAGACGCUUCACGGAGCCUGCAGGGCAGCUGUACACCCAGCAGAGGACUCCAGCCUUCUCGGGGCCCAGGCCUGGGCCAGAAGCUGUUGACUAUACCAGGAGUCACUGGAGAAAGGGGCUGUGCUGGGGCCAGGCUGGCACAAGGCACACAUGCCCACACCACACCCCAGGGCCUUGCCAAGCUGUUUGCUGUUUAAUUGGCCCCUUGAACUGUCAUUAAAGAACACCUAGGUACAGUC